CGGCCGAGAUGACGCCGAGUCCCGCGUUGCUGCUGCUGCUGCUGCCGCCGCUACUGCUGGGGGCCCUCCCGCCGGCCGCCGCCGCCCGAGGUGAGUCCUGGCGCCCAGCCCGGCGCCCUGGCCUCCGCCAGCGCCGCCCCUUUCCCUCCGGCCCUCAACCCUGCCCCAGUGCCCGCCUGGCGCGUGCCUGCGCCCCGCCCCUGCUGGCCCUGAGCUCAAGGCCCCUCACUGGCGGGGCGCCCCAGGUAGCCCACAGGGUAGUCCAGUUCACCCAUGGGACCCCCCUCACCCAUGCAGCACCCCAAGUUCACCCACAGGGUGCCCUCUCAACCUUGGGGCACCCCAAGCUCACCUGCAGGGCCCUCCUUACCCUUGGGUCACCCAUAGGGUCCCUCCUCACCCUCAGGGCACCCCUACUGCACCUGUGGGCCUGCCCGUCCCCCGGGAGGAUCGUCCUUGCCCUGUCCACCAGUCCUCUGAGGCUUCGCAACCCUCCCCUGCCGCCCAGCGGGCGCACCAAGCCCAACCCAGCCUUAUAUGGCCACAUUCGGGUGUUGGGUGGCGGGCGGCGGCCCAGGGUGGGGCUGAGCCCAGGGCCCACGGUCCAGGAUGGCAGGGGCAGGAGGAAAGGCAUGGGCAUCACGGGGCCAGGCCAGGGCGGGCCUGAGAGAGGUGGGAGCUACUCAGGCGAGGAGGUGAAGGGCCUCCAGUGCCCCGUGGAGGGGGACCCGCCGCCGCUGACCAUGUGGACCAAGGACGGCCGCACCAUCCACGGCGGCUGGAGCCGCUUCCGCGUGCUGCCUCAGGGGCUGCGGGUGAAGGAGGUGGAGAGGGAGGACGCCGGCGCCUACGUGUGCAAGGCCACCAACGGCUUCGGCAGCCUCAGCGUCAACUACACCCUCAUCGUGAUGGAGGACACCAGCCCGGCCAGGGAGGGCCCAGGGCGUGAGGGCUCCUCGGGGGGCCAGGAGGACCCAGCCGGCGAGCAGUGGGCACGGCCCCGCUUCACGCAGCCCUCCAAGAUGAGGCGCCGGGUGAUCGCACGGCCCGUGGGCAGCUCCGUGCGCCUCAAGUGCGUGGCCAGCGGGCACCCGCGGCCGGACAUCACGUGGAUGAAGGACGACCAGGCCUUGGUGCGCCCCGAGGCUGGCGAGCGCAGGAGGAAGACGUGGACCCUGAGCCUGAAGAACCUGCGGCCCGAGGACAGCGGCAAGUACACGUGCCGCGUGUCGAACCGCGCGGGCGCCAUCAACGCCACCUACAAGGUGGACGUGAUCCAGCGGACGCGCUCCAAGCCCGUGCUCACGGGCACGCACCCCGUGAACACCACCGUGGACUUCGGGGGCACGACCUCCUUCCAGUGCAGAGUGCGCAGCGACGUGAAGCCCGUGGUCCAGUGGCUGAAGCGCGUGGAGCACGGCACCGAGGGCCGCUACAACGCCACCAUCGACGUGGGCGGCCAGAAGUUCGUGGUGCUGCCCACGGGCGACGUGUGGUCCCGGCCGGACGGCUCCUACCUCAACAAGCUGCUGGUCACCCGCGCGCGGCCGGACGACGCGGGCAUGUACAUCUGCCUGGGCGCCAACACCAUGGGCUACAGCUUCCGCAGCGCCUUCCUGACCGUGCUCCCAGACCCGAAGCCGCCAGGGCCGCCCGUGGCCCCCUCGUCCUCAGCCGCGAGCCUGCCGUGGCCCGUGGUCAUCGGCAUCCCAGCGGGCGCCGUCUUCCUCCUGGGCACUGUGCUGCUCUGGCUCUGCCAGGCCAAGAAGAAGCCGUGCUCGCCCGCGCCUGGCCCUCCCGUGCCUGCACACCGCGCACCCGCGACUGCCCGGGACCGUGCUGGGGACAAGGACCUGCCCGUGCCACCCGCCCUCAGCAGCACCACUGGCGUGGUGCUGUGUGAGGAGCUGGGCGCCCCAGCAGCCCCCCAGCACCUGCUGGGCCCAGGCUCGGCUGUCGGCCCCAAGCUUUACCCCAAACUCUACACGGAUGUGCACACGCACACGCACACGCACGUGGAGGGCAAGGUGCACCAGCACCAGCAUGUCCACUACCAAUGCUAGAUGCAGCCCCUUCCGGAGCAAGCGGGCUGGGAGCAGAGGGCCACGGAGGAAGCUGGGCCGCCGGCGAGAGGCGCGGCCAGCAGCCUGGGCACCUUGUGCGAGGCACACACACACUCCUGGACAUGCACACGCCGCAGAUGUGUGCGUGCGACACACACAACACACACCACACACGGACACACUGCAGACACACAGUCACACCCACAUCCAGACUUAGAGCCUUGGGCGAGGCCUGUGUCUGUAACUUGGCAGAGCACGUGUGGCGGUGCGCCAGUUGAUGCGUGAAGCCCUUGGCCUGUGUGGAGGGUUGCACGGGGCCGGCGGUCAUUACCCCCAGCCUGGCAGGAGAUCUGAGAGGCACCCUGGCUUAGCAAACCCCAAACUCCCUACCCUGCCCCACGCCUGCCACCCGUCUCCCUGCCCAGGCCUUGGCAGGUGGGUGCCUAUUUUUGCCACCACCUGUCCCGGGUGCCCAGGAGCCCACCAGCAUCCGGGGCUGGGAGUCGGGCAUAGAGGUCUCGGGCCUUGUCUCAAGAGGCCGGAGCCCGGCCGGGGCGCCUCUGUGCCCCCCUCCCUUGCCAAGGGGCAGGGGGCCCUGAUAUUUAUAUUUAAGAAAUUAAGAUAAUAAUAUUAAUGAUGAAAGGAGGGCUGGGCCACAGAGACCUGGCCAUGCUGGGUGUCCACCUCAGAGCCAGGCUCCUGUCACCCCACUGCCCGAGGUGGCCCCAGACCUCUGUGAUUUUACAUAGAGUUUGAGCUGAGGCUUCGUAUAUUUAAUUUAUUUUGUUAAACAAGAAAAUGUGCAUCUUUUUCCUCUAAA